GCACAGCUCGCUAAACCAUUUGCUCUUGCAAUGCAGAUCAUCACCUUCGCUACUGUGCAUUUCCUGCUGCCUACGAUAACCGCUGCUGCUACGUCAGCUUCGUCGAGGUGCGUGGUCGACUGCCAAGGAAACGAGCCAGCCAACAUCCAGGUUUUCCGUACCAGCGAUGCGACAUACCCGGACAUCCAACAGAAGAAGUGGCGGCCGGUGGUCCUCAGUCGGGGGUGGCAAUCCCCAUCGUCAGCAACAGCAACGCAUUCACCAGAUAUAAACUGGGGGCGGCCGUCGACACAGCUUUGUGGGCUCGGCGACUGCGCAUCUGCACAGCUCGCUAAACCAUUUGCUCUUGCAAUGCAGAUCAUCACCUUCGCUACUGUGCAUUUCCUGCUGCCUACGAUAACCGCUGCUGCUACGUCAGCUUCGUCGAGGUGCGUGGUCGACUGCCAAGGAAACGAGCCAGCCAACAUCCAGGUUUUCCGUACCAGCGAUGCGACAUACCCGGACAUCCAACAGAAGAAGUGGCGGCCGGUGGUCCUCAGUCGGGGGUGGCAAUCCCCAUCGUCAGCAACAGCAACGCAUUCACCAGAUAUAAACUGGGGGCGGCCGUCGACACAGCUUUGUGGGCUCGGCGACUGCGCAUCUGCACAGCUCGCUAAACCAUUUGCUCUUGCAAUGCAGGUUAGUCAACCAUACGCUCUCUUUGCUAAAAAAUCUAGCAAUUAUUUCCUGAUGCAGUUGCCGAGCCCGCACUGCUGUGCCGCCAUUGCUGUCGAAUGUGCUCAUGUUAUUCAUGCCUUGCUGAUUUUGGCCGGGGAUGUGGAAAUAAACCCGGGUCCUAACAUUCCUGAAAACCUACUAACCGAAUUGCGAAAACUAACCGCCGGUCAGAACCAGCUGAUCACUGAAAUUCAUGGUCUUAAGUCGCAACUUACUUCUACCGAUAAAGCAAUUACUGAUCUAAGCAAACGAAUGAAUGAUCUUGAGAGUCACUACCAGACACUUUUGCCCAUUCGAAGCGAAGUGGAUGCAAUGCGCACCACGACUGAACAGGCUAUUUUUCGCAUUUCCGAGCUCGAAGCACGUAUCGACGAUGCCGAAAAUCGCUCACGGCGGGACAACCUAAUUUUUUACGGCAUUCCUGACCCUUCCAGCUCGGAAACCACUGCCGACUCCGAAAGAUUGAUUGUGGAACUUUGCCGCGAUAGGUUGCAACUAACCAUCGACCCUAAAGAAAUAGAACGUGCACAUCGCAUCGGUCGUCACUCCCCCAAUCACUCUCGCCCCCUCAUAGCAAAAUUUACUUUCCAUAAAACCAAAGUUAACAUCCUUUCGAGUGGCCGAAAGCUUAAGGGCACUGACUACAGUAUUAGCGAGGACUUUUCGCGAUCAGUACGAAAUUCCCGAAAACAUCUCGUUGCUUUCGCAAAAGGUAAAGGCGUUCCGUUUUCACUCCGCUUUAAGACCUUGUUCAUUGGUUCCAGAAGAUACACCUUUGAUGCCGCCUCGAGUAGUGUCAAAGAGUUGUCAUAGCAGCUACAUCACCCCAAACAGAAAAAU